AUGUCCAGGAAGAUGGAGACUCGAGGGGUGAGAAGAGAAGCAGUGGACAGAAAGCGGAAGCCUGCAGAAGCCGACGUCACCCUGGCGGGCGGUGAAUCGGCGAUCUACUUAGUACAUAAUUAUUUCGAUCACACUCCUACACUUACACCCGACAUAUGUAUCGUGUAUGGGCGCCUCAAGUGGCGGCUCCUGGUCAUUUGCGAUUACGAUCCCUUCGACGGUACAUUACUAGACUUUGAUCUCGACUCUAGACCCGAAGAAGAUGGAGCGAAGUAUGAAUAUCUGUUAUUUGGACGAGAACAGGGCAACGCUCAGUCGUUGCUAGUGCCGCCGCAGAUCAAACUCGAGACCCUGGUGGUGCGUCGCCAGCCCAUCACCGAGGUCAAAAUCGACUAUGAGCUGCACGAGUGCACGAGACCGCGUAACCCUCAUAUCGCGUCAUGCGGUCAGGGCGCUGGGUCGGGAUGUGAAUGA